GGAUGGUUCUUGUCACUGUCGCCACCAUCUUCUUGGAUAUCGGAGGAGGAGAAACUUGAGUCAGUCUCGUGGAAUCUAAGAAUUACCAGCUCUCAUCCUGUAUUCUCUUUUCUUUUUGGAGCCACUGUGUUUUCUCUUCUUCUCCUAUUACAUUGUCCACAAUGUCGAUAUUCAAGGCGGCGACUGCGGUUCCCUCUGGCUGCGACCUUCUUUCCACCGUGUGUUCAGGCACAAACUGCCUUGUUCCUCCCAGUAACUUCAAUGAGAUGCUGGGCUUGGUGUUGAGCAUAGUGCUCACCAUAAUGCUCGCCAUGGUCAUGUUCUCCAUGGGCUGCACUGUGGAUGCCAAAAAGCUGUGGGGGCACAUCAGAAGACCCUGGGGCAUUAGCAUUGGUUUCCUCUGCCAGUUCGGCAUCAUGCCUUUCACAGCCUUCGCCUUGUCACUGGCCUUCGAUGUGCUCCCUGUGCAGGCUGUCGUCAUCAUCAUCAUGGGCUGCUGUCCUGGAGGCUCUGGCUCCAACAUUAUCUGCUACUGGCUGGAUGGAGACAUGGACCUAAGUAUCAGCAUGACCGCUUGUUCCUCUGUCCUGGCCUUGGGGAUGAUGCCUCUAUGCCUGCUCAUUUACACCUCCACCUGGACUUCUACCAGCACCAUCCAGAUCCCAUAUGACAGUAUUGGUAUCACUCUGGUGGCCCUUCUUGUCCCAAUUGCUCUGGGAAUAUAUGUCAAACGCAGGUGGCCCCAGUGGGCAAAAAAGAUCCUCAAGAUAGGAUCCAUUGCCGGCUUUGGUCUUAUUCUCAUCAUAGCUGUGGUUGGAGGUGUUCUCUACCAGUCCUCCUGGACCAUUGCCCCCUCCCUAUGGAUUAUUGGAACCAUCUACCCCUUUAUUGGUUUCGGCCUGGGGUUCCUCUUGGCCCGCUUCACGGGUCAACCCUGGAACAGAUGUCGAACCAUAGCAUUGGAGACGGGUUUCCAGAACUCCCAGCUGUGCAGCACCAUUGUCCAGCUGUCCUUCAGCCCUGCUGAGUUGGACAUCAUGUUUUCGUUCCCCCUCAUCUACAGCAUCUUCCAGCUGGUGGUGGCAGUCCUAUCUGUGGGAGCCUACCAGGUAUAUAAAAAAAGGUGUGGCCGUGGCUCAGCUGAUGCAGACACUGAGGCUCCGUCCCUGGAAGCUGGUGACGGUGAAUCAGGAACAAAGAAGGGACACGCUGUGGGGAACAGCGCCUUUGAGUUUGAUGACAAUGACAUCAGCGAAGAGAAGGGCAAGGACAUCAGAAAGAUCACCCAGCUGUGAGCUUACAGACCUGAUAAUCACAGACUUUGGACUUUCAGUAUGAACAUCCAGGACCCCAGCAUUACUCAAGACAGCAGCCAUGAGUCAACAGUGUGACUACACACUGCACUCUGUCGGCUGGAGGCGUGCACUACAGGUCCUGUUCUGAUCUACUUUAAAAAACCUUUGACAAGAGCAGGGUUGCCCAAAUGUCCUCCCUAGUAUUGCAAACAAUUAGACAACUAACACCAAGCUUUAUAUAAAGUUGAAGGCCCUCCUUUCCCUUAAUAUAUUCAUAUAUAAUGUGAACCAACUUUCACUCUGUGUGUUCUGUCAGAAAGCCUGUUGGGCCCAUGUACCUUGAUCAACGCAUUUACUGACGUCUUCUGUACAUGUAAUUCAGACUAAAUAUGGAAUGCUGUUUAUGUGGAUUACCACAUGUCCAUAUGCAGAUAUUUACUGUAGUUUGCGCUGGAUGGUGGAAUAUACAAAUGAAUACAAAUGUAUCGUGUUGUUGUGACAUUCAACAUUUAUCUGAUGAGACACAGUUGUGUCAAAUGAGGAGAAAUGUGUGCACUGUUGAGAGCCAAUGUUUCACUGGGGUCAAACCAUCUCACAGAGCUUAAUGCUCUUACAUUUUUAAUAUUCUUUAUUCUCCUUAUUCUCAUUCUGAUGUAGCAGGUGAAAUCAGUGGUUUCUACAGACUUGGGCCCUGAUGCAAACUAGUGUCAUGUGUUCUCUGCUCUUUCAGUUCCUCUCAGUUCUUCUACACCUCUUUUAUGGGGCACAGCUGAUUUGGGGAAUUUUUGAAGUAUGUAAGCCUGUGGUUUUACAUAUCUAUUUAUGAAACAUAUUCACAUCUAAUUUAUUUGUCCUCUGUAUUGUGCAAAUGUGAAAAAAAUCAGAAUUUCAUGGAUUAAAGUAUUUUACGAAAACGUC